AUGACGGCACCCACCCCGCCGUUCUUGCUGUCCCAUGGCACCACGACACUGGCCUUCCGCUGCAGCCAUGGGGUGGUGGCAGCCGCAGAUACCCGCUCCUCCUGCGCGGGCCUCGUGGCUGAUCCAGCCUCCCGCAAGGUCAUCACCCUACACCGCCACUUGCUGGGGACCACGUCCGGGACCUCGGCUGACUGUGCCACUUGGCUCCGUCUCCUGCGCGCCUCCCUCCGCCUGAGAGAGCUCCACGAGGGUCAGCUGCCCAGCGUGGCUGGAGCAGCGAAGCUGCUGGCCUUCAUGCUGCGUGGAUGCCACAGCAAGGAUCUGUGCGUGGCCACCCUGUUGUGUGGCUGGGACCGUGCAGGGCCCGGCCUGCAUUACGUCUACAGCGAUGGUACGUGUCUCUCUGGGGACGUUUUUGCUGUUGGCUCUGGGUCCCCCUAUGCCUACGGGGUGCUGGACGGUGGCUACCGCUAUGACCUGUCGGUCAACGAGGCUUUCCUGCUGGCCCGCCAGGCUGUGGCUCACGCUGCCCACCGAGAUGCCUACUCUGGGGGUAAUGUGGACCUCUACCACAUCCGGCCAAGUGGUUGGGUCUGCGUCUCACGGGAAGACCUGACUGCAGUCUACCGAGGCUUGGGGGAAACACCAGAAGGGGAUGGGGACCGUGAAGAAAACCAGUUCUGA